GGGGAACUGUGUGAGGGGUAGGGGAAACUUUGAAAGUUGGAUGCUGCAGACCCGCCUUGAGCACUACGGAACCAGGCACCAUCCACAUCCUUCAACCUUCACUGCAUUCCUAUGAAGCGGAUAUUUGAAUGACGCUUGUUUUUCAGCUUUUUUUCAAGGUUCUUCUUUAUCUUGCUGCAUCUGAAGCCAUGGGUAGCAAGAAACUAAGACGAGUGGGUUUAUCACAAGAGCUGUGUGACCGUCUGAACAGACAUCAGAUUGUUACCUGUCAGGACUUUCUAUGUCUUUCCCCACUGGAGCUUAUGAAGAUGACUGGCCUUAGUUAUCAAGGUGUCCAUGAACUUUUGUGUGUGGUCAGCAGGGCCUGUGCCCCACAGAUGCAAACGGCUUAUGAGAUAAAGACACAGAGGUCUGCUGCUCCAUCACCAGCAUUUUUAUCUACAACCCUCUCUGCUUUAGAUGAAGCCCUGCAUGGUGGUGUAGCUUGUGGAUCCCUCACAGAGAUUACAGGUCCACCAGGUUGUGGAAAAACUCAGUUUUGUAUAAUGAUGAGCAUUUUGGCUACGUUACCUACCAACAUGGGAGGAUUAGAAGGAGCUGUUGUGUACAUUGACACAGAGUCAGCAUUUAGUGCUGAAAGACUGGUUGAGAUAGCAGAAUCUCGUUUUCCCAGAUAUUUUAACACUGAAGAAAAAUUACUUUUGACAAGCAGUAAAGUUCAUCUUUAUCGGGAACUCAGCUGUGAUGAAGUUCUACAAAGGAUUGAAUCCUUGGAAGAAGAAAUUAUUUCAAAAGGAGUUAAACUUGUGAUUAUCGACUCUGUUGCUUCUGUGGUAAGAAAGGAGUUUGACACACAACUUCAGGGCAACAUGAGAGAAAGGAACAAGUUCUUGGCAAGAGAAGCAGCCUCUUUGAAGUAUUUGGCUGAGGAAUUUUCAAUCCCAGUUAUCUUGACGAAUCAAAUUACAACCCAUCUGAGUGGAGCCCUAGCUUCUCAGGCAGACCUGGUGUCUCCAGCUGAUGAUUUGUCCCUGUCUGAAGGCACUUCUGGAUCCAGCUGUGUGACAGCUGCACUAGGAAACACCUGGAGUCACAGUGUGAACACCCGGCUGAUUCUCCAGUACCUUGGUUCAGGGAGAAGACAGAUUCUCAUUGCCAAGUCCCCUCUGGCGACCUUCACCACAUUUGUCUACACCAUCGAGAAGGAAGGCCUGGUUCUUCAAGACCAACAGAGGCCAUAGGGACACUAUGACCUUUGUCUAGAGCUGAUGGGGGCGUGAUUUGUGAAAUGAAACAGGACCGGACUGCUUGGAAGAAGGAAACGGAAGCCAACAUAAUGGGGAUUAAUUAGUUGAUUGCUGUUGAGAUGGUAACAGAUUUGCACACCCCCCCCCUCCUUACCAUUGAGCCAGCCAUCUCAGACCUAGCAGGGAAGGUGAAGAUGAAGAGGCCUUUGUUCGGGUCUCUAGAUGCUUGGGGCUGUAGGCUUUGCUGCCUUGGGAUGGCAACAGCCAUAAUAAUAAUAAUUUGCACUUAUAUAGCACCUUUCAACCAGGCACCUCAAAGCGGUUUAACCACAUUAAUUAAUUAAAGCCCACAAUCCCCCUGGGGAGAGGAGCAGGAUGACUAACAGGGUUUGUAAUUACAGGAGGGAACAUUUCCGAAUGAAGUAUUGUCCACUAAAUAAAAAGAGUAGGUGUAAAGGAAUUGGGGUCUCCAAAGAGUAACUGAUUCAGAAAUGAAAUCAUGGAAAGAUGGGGGAGGCUGGGGGCGGGCAUGGGCAUGAGGGUCUGCUCUUUUGUCAGAGGGAGGUCGAUGGGCUCAGAAUUCACUGACAGGUUCGGAUCCAACUGAGAAGCGGGACAUGUAUGGUAUUAGUGGCAUUUGGAAGGUCAUUAGUGGUACACCUAUUGUGGUGUAAAUUCAAGUUUCACUGGUACAUUGUGUAGAGCCCUGCAGAACAAAGAGUGAGAUUCCUGCAGUAUUUAAUAAAGGAUGAAAUGAUUUCUUUAGAUCCAAAGCUCAAGGCUGGGCCAGUCAAUUAGCAAAUAAAUCAAUUGGUGACCCAUA